AUGAGAAAAAUUGCUUCAGUUCUAAUUCUGAUUUCUAUUGCUAUGUUCACAGUAAAUGCCUCAUAGUGUUCAGAAGACCUUACUAAUUUGAUAUAUUAAGGAGGAAUUUGUUAAAAAAAUGAUUCUGAUUGCUUAUAUGCUUUAAGUACUUUCCUUAUAUGUGGAAUAAACUGUGACAGAAGUUCUCAUCGUGAAUAACAACCUGCUACUGCAGUUUGUGUUUAGAAAUAUUGCAGCAAUAUAAGAAAUGAUACUGUUAAGAAUCUUUAUAGCAAAAUACUUACCUGUUAUGAAAGUGACUUACCCAGCCUCUUUUGA